AUGGACGUAGGGAGUGAUGCUUUGGAACGCUUUCAACAAACAAUAGAGGGAGCUCUUUUGCGUGCUGAGAUUUGUCUCGAGUCAUCGGAUAUUCUACUCAAUGACCAGUCUCCGAAAAUGCUCACUAAAUUGGCGGAGAUUAGAGGACUAAAUCGCGAACUAUCAAAGCGUCUUUUCAAAACUCCAUCAGAAAUCAGAAACCGAUACUCGGGAACUGCACACAGUCUUCCUUUAAACGCUCAGAACAUUGCAAACAAGUACCAGAAGACCUCGAAGAUGUCUGAGAAUGAGAUGUCUAGCUCUUCGCCUAGUUCUCGCACUUCUUCAUUAUCGCAAUUUUUAGCAACGUCGCUAUCUUUUAAUUUAUCAUUUGAAUCCGACGAGUCAAUACCUGCUGCUGAACACCCGACAAAUGAAACGUGA